AUGAACGCCAUCGCCCGUCGAGCAUUUUCGUCGCGAUCAGCCAUCCGAGCUCCGCCUGCUCCAUCUUCAGCUGUCGCGAUGGCUGCGGCUCCUCGUAACACGAUCCGAUCCGGCCGCGUUGCUAUGCUUCCCAAGUCGUCCGAGCCAAGCGCCGCCCCCGCCUCGGCCAGCCACGUCAGCACCGACGCCACCCUUUCGCAGGACGUCUUCCCUCAGGUCGGAUCCAUCUCGGUCCCCGGCGAACAGCCUAAAGUUAUCCGCACCGGUGAAGACCAGUAA